CUUGACGGCGGUGUCCCAGGGGCUCCAGGCCUGCUUCCGACGUCUGCCUAUCCACCGAUCGAUCACCGACGUAGACGACAGCCCUGAUUCAUGUAGGAGCGCUGAUUCCUAGCUGAUGCUUUGUUUUUCUAGCAACGCAAACGAGCCCGGAACGAGCCCAGCGGUCCGCUGAGCGGAUACUGAGUGGCAUUGGUGAGGCAUUCGAGUUGCUGCUGGCAGUACAGGACCCUCUUGCCCGACACACGCGCCUCAAGUGGCACGCAUCAGGCGUUACAGCUUGCCACCCUGACGCUGGCUUAAACCAAGAGGAAAACGGUCUAUAUUGUGUGAAACUGUUUACAUGGAGCCCAGAGACUGGCUGCUAUGCUUCCAGGCCGCUUCCGUUCUGCCUUCACUUCUUGCCACCACUUUUGGGCGUAGUCUUGCCCUGCUCGUGGCACUGGCGGAACUUUUCCCACUCCUGUCGCGCCAAGUAUUAGUCAUCGCACCCCAAGUGCAUCUACUACUACUAAACUUACCUCCGUGCAGGCCGAGACGCGGCCGUUGUUAAGUUUCAUGCACGCUGGCAAUCACCAACAUGCGUCAGUAAGAACGACAGCCGCGCGAAACCAAGCAAAAAGCAGCGGAAAUCCAACGGAUAGAACUCACCGUCAACGCGCAAGUAGCUUUCCUCGCAGCCCGUAUUCUCCACGGCACUUUGGUGGUGCGUGUCGUCGCCCGGCUUACAUGUUAAGCACUCUUUCGUCGGCAUAUCAGCAGGCUGGUCAACGCUGUCUACGGCUGUGAUUGUGCUGGGCAUCCGUUAUCUGGUUUCUUUUCAUCCAAUCGUGCUCUGCGACUGCGCUCUUUUCGCCCAAUCCGACGACAUCACGAUGAACAACUUUUUCCGCGACGGUAAGAGGCGGUCAAGUGACUUGAUUUUUGUAUGUCGAUCGCAACGUUCCGCCCACAAGGUUGCCUCCGUCACAUCGACUUUAUCAGUGCAGAGCUCCUGGCGCAGCGCGACGAGAUCAGGAAGGGAGACACCAAUGGCUCAGAUGCAUGACGAUGACGUCGAGUGGCUGGACAGCGAGCUGGAGGACAGUCCGCGGUCCAACGACGAUAUCAGCAGCAUGUUCAGCAGCAGCCCCAAUGCCAAGGCCGGCGGCGGGGUGCGGUGGCCCGAAAACAACCAGCAGAUGCAGCGUCCCGCCGCCGUGUCAUACGCCGGAUCCGAGGACGUGGAGGAUGUUGAGGGUGACAUGACCUCGUUUUACGGCCAGCAGUUCGCUCCACAGCCCGAGGCCUCGAACUACCGUCUUCCGGCCAAGUCCGUGGGCCAGCAGCGCUUCCAGGACAUGCCCAUCGGCCUCGUGGCCGACCACGGUGUAGCCGCCAAGCGCGUGCUCAUCCGCCGUAUCCACCAGGAAUCCAUGACGCAGUUGACCAUGAGCUGUCAAGCUGUGCUGGUGCGCGGUGCCUCUGGCAACUACUACGUCUAUCACCUGGAGAUCACCAGCGACUACUACAAGCAGAAAUGGGUGGUCUGCAAGCGCUACUCCGAGUUCUACCGCCUGCGCAAGCGGUUGCUCACACGUCUCGCGGCUCAUAAGAAGCAGCGCGGAUGUUCCGUGUGCGGCGCGGUGCGCGACCAGCUCAAAGACGUCGGGUUUCCUCGCCGCGUCGUCAUGUUCAAAGACCCCUCUUCUCUUGUGGGCAAACGAACCGCCGGACUCGAGGAGUUCAUCGUUGCACUCUGUGAGUAUCUUGCUGCCGAGCAGGAGGUGGAAGUGUGCAGUGAGAUUGCAUCCACGCGGUUUUUGGUCAAGGAGUUCCUCCAGUUCCCACUCGAGCACGAGCAGCAGCACGUUCGUUCCAUCCGCCAGCUCAAGUACGUUGACCCGCGCGACGUUGAAGUGGAUUCGGAUUCGUGUCCUAUCUGUCUAUGUGAAUGGGCUGAGCUGGAUGGCAACCAGCUCGUGCUCUCGCCGUGCGGACACUUUUUCCACGAGCACUGCAUUAACGAGUGGUACCGUACACGCUUUGAUUGCCCCAUUUGUCGUACGAUCUCGGGCGAAGAAGAGAACAACAGCAAUUACUAGUGAAGUAUCCAGACGGGAGCCAAUUGACUCAAGGAAGGCGAGACGUGGCAACCGCGACCAAAAAUAUAUAGUUAUGUUUGAAAUGACGUUGAUUUCCAUCUCUAACAGUAAUCUAACAUGUAUCUACUUACUGUUCUGGCGAGGCUGUAGAGGAGAAUCGCUGUACGUCGUAGCCCUUGUCCAAGAACUCGUGAAGAUCGUCACCGUCCUUGCCGAUGAUGACAGUGCGCUUCUCAGGCGCGUCUUCGCCAAAGUAUUUUUGCGCGAUAUCUACAAGAUCCUGACGUUUCAACGAGAGAUAUUGCUCACGUCUGCGCUGGCGCAUGUCGUUUGUGAUGGCGCGCAGAAAACUCAUACGGCCCUUCAUCGAUGGGGUCUUGGGUGCGUCAACACUCGCGAAGACAGACAGUAGCGCUUCCUGCACGUCGCGGUCCGAGAAUUCGCCGCUGACGGCCCAUCGACGGGCACCAGCAUAAGCGUCAAGCGUCUUGAACGUGUUCGGGUCGUAGUGCGAGCUCAUCGAAAAGGAGCCUUCGUUCUGGGAGACACCAGAUCCGUACGCUCCGCCCUGCUCACGCACUUGCUGGUGCAGAUAACACGAUGACAUAAUUUGCGCCAACACCGUAAAUGGCACGUGGUCUUUGUGUGCAAAUGACACAGACAGCUGCGUCUCCACCACAAAGUUAACGGAGACGGGGAAGGCGAAGUAGUUCUUGGGUGACACGGUCGGUACCUUUAGCUCCCCUUGUGACAGCGUGAGCGAUGCAAGGUCCAGUAACGACGAAGACGAGGCCAGAGGCUGAAGCAGCUUUGACUUGAGAGAUUGCUCCACUUGGGAGCGCAACUUGUCCUCAGUCACAACAGAAAGACGCAGGUUUUCGGGCGAGAACGCCACGCGCGCGAUAUCCUGCAGUACACGGGCGAUCUGACGCAGCUCUUCAUCAGAACACUGCGCCCACUUCUGAAGCUGCUCGAUCUGCGUAAGUCCACUGUACAAUUCGUCGUACACUCCGGCGGGAGUAAGACCCACACGCGAGCGUGUUCCCGCGAGAGCAGCACCCGAGGACGAAAUGCUGCUGCUAGCGGUGGACGCGCUACUCUGUAGAAUGAGACGCAGCUGACGCAAAUUCUCGUUGCUCAAAAACUGCGUGUCCGUGAGCAGCUCGUACAUCAAACUCAGCGUUUCGUCCACCUUGUGAGGAAGACACAUUGUACCGAGCAGAAGCGAUUGCUUGCUAGGUUCACCGUGGACAUCUGUGAGCGAUGGUGCUGUCAUAGCUGAGCACGACACACCACCACUACAGUUCGCAAUGACCGUGGGGAGUUCAUCGUAGGCGUAGCGAGAAGUGCCCAGAGAUCCAAACACCGUCGUAAAUACGUUCAUGUAUCGGUGGUAUGCUUGAGGCAGCGCUCCGACGUCAAAUAGAAGACGCAAGUACGAAAUUUCGUUAGUGGACGGCACACGUACAAACUCUGCAGACGUCGAGUUGAUCCCUGUCUUCUCAAUGUGGUCGAAAUUGCCUUCCUCCACACGUGGAAUAUCGUCCAGAGUCAAGGUGGGCAGACACUCCACAGGUUGUUCUUUUUGCUGGUGACGUUCGAGCUUCUCUGUGAUACGGGCGAUGCGGUCCAGAUCAGCAUUGGACUGUUCAAUGAGCUUAUUGGCCAGGUUUUCAUGUUCGCGGCGCUCCUGGUCGCGGACGAAAUCCUCAGCAGGAAGCAUAAGCAUCUGGACCUCGCGCAGGUCAUCGCGCAUGAGGUAAUCGCGCACGUAACUCUCAAGGAACUUUGGAUCACGAGCCAUUUCGUCAUUCAAGCGCUCCAGCAGCGGGUUCAGUUGUAGAUUUUUGAUGAGAUCGCCAUCAUGGGCCCAAACGGAGCUGAUGCCGUGCAUGAGUUGGAGACCAAAAUUUCCUGUCACGUGUUUGAGACUCAGCUCCAAUUGGUGCAGUAGUCCAGCCACUCGUUCCUUGUCGAAGCCCUCAGCAACCACUUUCUCCAACGCGUCAUGAACUGCCUUGCGAAUGGCAGGCACCGCUGCUUCUCCGCCUUCGAUUCCUUCUACUCCAACGCCAAAAGUAGGGUAAUACGUGGAUGUGUCGAAGCCUGUGCCCACCGAGAAAUCCUGUGCGAGGUUGGAGUCGAUCAGCGCCUUAAACAGUGGAGACGCAGGUCCAUUUGUGAGAAGAUAGCCCACGAUUCGAAGCACGAAGGUUGGGAACGGGUCUGUAGACUUCACGUCCACGAACUUGCUCAUACAAUACUUGGUAUUGGGGUCAGCAGCCUCUCCGCUCAUAUUACUGCUAGGGCCCCUGAUAACGAUCAGUUCCGGGUCCUCUGAGCUUUUCUUGUGCAUGCUAAAUCCCUCCGUGUUCACGCGAGUAGCUGCAGAAUCGGCACGGUACUCAAACUUGCUGAGAACCUCCUUGUCCAGAUAGGCCAGAUGGUCCGUGAGCGGCAAGUCGCCGUACGAGAAGAAGCAGCAGUUCGACGGGUGGUAAUUUUUGGUGUGGAAGGCGCGUAGAUCCUCGUACGUAAGCGACGGAAUAUCCGUAGGGUCGCCGCCACUCACGUGCUCGUAGAUGGUGCCUCGCAUGAGUUCCUGCUGCAAUCUCGUGCCGAAGAGAUUGUUGCUGUCAGAUAAUACUCCCUUCAUCUCAUUAAGCACUACUCCCUUGUACACAAGUU